AACUUAAAACCGCAGCUUGAAGGUAUGCGAGCAACAUCCCUGUCCUUAGAAGUCCAAAAUAAAACACAUCAGGUUAAGGGUGUGUCAAAAUUUGAAAAAAAAUGUCGUGAAGUCAUUGUCCCAUUAUAGUCUUAGCAUUAAAAGAAACCAAACAAAACAACCUACGUAUUACGUAACCUCCAAUUCAACUGACUGUUACUUCCUACGUUUGAAUGAGGCCCUGUGACGUUCCAUGAGCAUGGUCAUGGACGUUCGCGCAUUGGGCAAUCGCUACUUGGUCCAACUCACACACACUUCCCUCACACGUGCCGUCCAUGCCCACAUCCUCACCUCCGGCUUCAGCCCAUCUCCUCUCAUCCUCAACCGCCUCAUCGACCGUUACUGCAAAUCAUCCAACAUUCCCUACGCCCGCCACCUGUUCGACAGAAUUCCCAAACCAGACAUCGUCGCUACAACCUCCCUUCUGUCCGCUUACUCUUCCACUGGCAACAUUAAACUCGCCCACCAACUCUUCCAUGCCACCCCUUUCUCCAUUCGCGAUACCGUUAGUUACAACGCCAUGAUCACUGCCUUUUCCCACUGUCAUGAUGGCCACGCUGCUCUCCAACUCUUCAUACAAAUGAAAAGGCACGGUUUUGCUCCCGACCCUUAUACCUUCUCGAGCGUUCUUGGUGCACUGUCUUUGAUUGCUGAUGUGGAGAGGCAUUGCCAGCAAUUGCACUGUGAGAUCAUCAAGUGGGGUUCACUCUAUGCACCUUCUGUUUUGAAUGCUUUGAUGAGUUGUUAUGUUUGUUGCGCUUCUUCGCCAUUGGUGGACUCUUGUUUGUUGAUGGCUGCUGCUAGGAAGCUGUUUGAUGAGGCGCCUCCUGGUCUGAGGGAUGAACCCUCUUGGACUACCAUCAUUUCUGGUUAUGUUAGGAACGGUGAUCUUGUUGCGGCACGUGAGCUUCUUGAUGGAAUGACUGACCAAAUUACUGUUGCUUGGAAUGCCAUGAUUUCUGGCUAUGUGCACCGUGGUUUAUAUGAAGCAGCAUUUGACUUGUUCAGGAGAAUGCAUAACUUGGGAAUUGAGCAGGAUGAGUAUGCUUACACCAGUGUACUUAGUGCUUGUUCUAAUGUUGGGUUGUUCAACAUUGGAAGACAGGUGCAUGCUUAUGUUCUCAGAACAGUGGUGCAGCCUUCGCAACAUUUUAUUUUAUCUGUGAAUAAUGCUUUGAUUACCUUAUACACUAAAUGUGGUAAACUGGUUGAGGCAAGGCAAGUUUUCAAUAAGAUGCCUGUGAAAGACCUCAUUUCAUGGAAUGCGAUUUUGUCUGGGUAUGUCAAUGCUCAGUGCAUUGAGGAGGCUAACUCCAUUUUCAGGGAGAUGCCAGAGAGGAACUUGCUGACGUGGACUGUGAUGAUAUCUGGUUUAGCACAAAAUGGUUUUGGAGAAGAAGCUUUGAAGCUCUUCAACCAGAUGAAGUUAGAGGGACUGGAACCAUGUGAUUAUGCAUAUGCUGGAGCAAUUACAUCUUGUGCUGUUCUUGGAUCAUUGGACAAUGGACAACAAUUACACUCUCAGAUAGUCAGAUUAGGUCACGAUUCAAGCCUCUCAGCUGGCAAUGCACUGAUCACAAUGUAUGCAAGGUGUGGUCUUGUUGAAGCUGCUGAUACUAUGUUUGUCACAAUGCCAUAUGUGGAUUCAGUAUCCUGGAAUGCCAUGAUUGCAGCUCUUGCACAGCAUGGACACGGCAUCCAAGCUGUUCAACUUUAUGAACAGAUGCUGAAGGAAGGUAUAUUACCUGAUAGGAUAACUUUUCUCACAAUUCUUUCUGCCUGUAGCCAUGCAGGCUUGGUGAAAGAGGGACGCCAUUAUUUUGAUACAAUGUGUACACGCUAUGGUAUAACCCCAGGAGAGGAUCAUUAUGCUCGUUUGAUUGAUUUGUUAUGUCGUGCUGGUAUGUUCUCGGAAGCAAAGAAUGUAACUGAAACAAUGCCUUUUGAGCCCGGUCCGCCAAUUUGGGACGCUCUUCUUGCUGGUUGUAGGAUUCAUGGAAACAUUGAAUUAGGCAUUCAAGCUGCUGAACGACUCUUUGAGCUUAUGCCACAGCAAGACGGGACCUACAUAAUCCUUUCCAAUAUGUAUGCCACUUUAGGUAAGUGGGAUGAAGUUGCGAGGGUGAGGAAAUUAAUGAGGGAACGAGGGGUUAAGAAGGAACCUGGCUGUAGUUGGAUUGAGGUUGAAAACAUGGUCCAUGUAUUUUUGGUUGAUGAUGCUUUGCACCCUGAGGUGCAUGCGGUGUACAGAUAUCUGGAGCAAUUGGUACAUGAAAUAAGGAAAUUGGGGUAUGUUCCUAAUACAAAGUUUGUAUUACAUGAUAUGGAAUCUGAACAUAAAGAAAAUGCCCUGUCCACCCAUAGUGAAAGGCUUGCUGUUGUUUAUGGAAUUAUGAAACUUCCUUCAGGAGCUCCUAUUCGGGUUUUCAAAAAUUUGAGGAUAUGUGGAGACUGCCAUAAUGCAUUCAAGUUUAUUUCCAAAGUAGUGGAACGAGAGAUAAUUGUCAGAGAUAGGAAGAGGUUUCACCAUUUUAGAAAUGGUGAAUGUUCUUGCGGUAACUACUGGUAGGAAGAGGUUCUUUAUUUGAUUAUCAACAAGGGUUAAUGUCAACUGUGCUCAAAUGAAUUUAGAAUACAUGAAGUGAAACCUGGUGCCUUUACAAUCGGUAAUUCAAAAUUGAGGGUGAUAAUGGCCCCAAAAUGAUCUCCAAAAGGUUGAUAAAUGUUUAUAUGACAUGCCAAAGCCAUUGACAAGGGAUUGCACUUGAAUGCUAGAGUAUAUCAUUGCCAUAUCAAGCCAUUUAUCAUGGGAACAAAGGCCGGCAGCAAUAGUAAGAGAAAACUUGUUUCUGUCGAAUGCCAAGUCAUCUAGGCUAUCAUUGUUACUACAGUUUCCUUUUGUUUCUCGUGUUUGUUAGCUUUUGCAUCAGAAACUGCAAUCAAUACAGUGUCAUGAGUGUCAUCUGGUUCCUAGCUGCGGCAUUGCAUGCCAUCUCGGUGGCAGUGGCUCUGGGAGGAGCAGAAGGAGGGAAUGAGGUGGCGCUCAGUUUAAAGGCUGAGGAACAGUGACACUAAAGCUACUUUGAAAUGAAAAGGAACAACAUUUGUCCUUUGUUAUUGUGCUCAGUGCUCAAUGUGCAAGAGAACCUCAAGCAAAACACUCUGAUGUCUCAACCUGUAAGUGUCAGAUGCUUUUGCUAGACUCCCUGCAAGUAUGCCUUCUGCGAAUGAAAAGUGAUAUCAGUGAUCCUGGAAAUCAUCUUUUCAACAUAUGGGUUGAACUGAGGGUGCCCAAACAAGAAUAGAAGCAUUCUUGUGAUGUUACUAAAGAUGAAGAACUACUUAUAGUACGUUGUCUUUCUUUCUGUUAUUAGAGGGUCUUGAAUCUGAAACGGCUAUGAACCUUUACAACCGAGAAAAAUCAUGCUUGCACACUCGUGUUCCUUUGUAAGGGUGCUACACAUCACAUGGGUGCAGAGGAAUGACUUUAGCUUCCCUCGCUCUGGAUGAGUUAGAUGGAAAGAGAUUUACUUAUGUUACAAAAUUAAUUUUCACACUUUUUUAAUAAAAAAAUGCAUGUUGUAAUAAAAAUAUGUAUUUCAAAUUAAUAUAAGUAAGCAUUUUAAUCAUAUUUAACGAUUCAAAAUUAAAUGUAUUAAAAUUAUUUUUGUUCAACUUUAAACUUAAUGGGCACUAUUUU